AUGCAGGCUUCCCGCUGUCUUCAGAUUCAAUCCUCUAGAAUAUGGUGUGGAGCAACAAGGGCAAUCGCCCAACAGAGUGAUGUUGAUCAUUUACUUAGAACCAAUUUCUCCAGAUGGAGCAGCUCCAGCGCAGCCCAGGCUUCAGGAGCCAGCCAAGUCAUUUUCUCCGGAAUUCAGCCAACUGGUGUACCACAUCUUGGUAAUUACUUGGGAGCCCUGCGUGAAUGGGUCAAAUUACAGGAUAAAGCCGCCGAGGACACCAGGCUGUUCUUUUCGAUCGUUGACUUGCAUGCAUUGACAGUCCCGCAGAAUGCUUCCACAUUGAGAGGUUGGAGGAGAGAGGCGUUUGCAAUGCUCCUUGCUGUUGGCUUGGAUCCUAAUCGAUCAGCAAUAUUCUAUCAGUCUGCUGUGCCUGCACAUGCGGAGUUAUUCUGGAUUCUUAGUACAGUAGCAUCCAUGGGAUAUCUCUCCAGAAUGACCCAGUGGAAGAGCAAGCUACAGCUGCCUGACAACACCAAUUUGGACGACUCAGCGGCAAGAACAAAAUUACGAAUGGGACUAUUCUCUUAUCCUGUUCUACAGGCGGCAGACAUUCUAGUCCAUAGAGCCACUCAUGUACCCGUGGGUGAAGAUCAGAGGCAGCACCUUGAGUUUUCAAGAUAUACCGCAAAUAGCUUCAAUCACAGAUAUGGAUCCAUAUUCCCGUCACCAGAAGCUCUUAUAUCCCCUGCGAGACGGGUCAUGUCCCUCAAGGAACCGACAAUGAAGAUGUCCAAAUCUCACGCCGACAAACGUUCCAGGAUUAUUCUCACUGAUUCACGUGAUGAUAUUGUGAAGAAGAUCAACGCUGCGCUCACAGAUUCGGAACUGAAUAUAACAUAUGACCCUGUCGAUCGACCUGGGGUGGCAAAUCUAGUAGAGAUUCUGAGCCAUUUUGAGGGAAGAUCCUGUGAUGAGAUAGCCCAGGAGCAUCGAUCGGCGAGCCUUCGAGCUUUGAAGACCCAUCUCGCGAGACGGGUUGCCGACCAUCUCGAACCAAUACGGGAGAAGUAUUUGGCACUUAUGGCGGAUCCGACUGGCUACCUUGAUUCUGUUGCAGAACAGGGCUGCCAGUCGGCACGUGCGAAUUCUGAGUUGACUAUGAGACAGGUCAGGGAGGUCAUGGGACUAUAA